ACCAGACUGUAGAAACAACAGCAUCGAAUCAUCACAGGAACAUCAUGUGUCACCCACUCUGCAAAUGCCUGUGUGCUCUUUUCUGCUGUCCGUGCUGCUCGCACCCGGGGCUGACGCAGACUAGCCUCACUGUAGCUUUUGGGACUAUACAAAUCAUGAUAGGUCUGUUCAACAUUGGACUUGGGCUGGGACGAACAAGCACAUACCCUGGGGAUUUCGCCAGUUUGGGCGCUGCUUACUGGCUGGGUGGUGUGUUCAUCGUAACUGGAAUCAUGUCCAUUUUGGCCGGACAGUGUCCUUCACUCUGCUUGGUGGGCUUCACUGUGUUCAUGAACAUUGCUGGAGCUAUCUUUGCCAUUACUGCCAUUGUGCUGUAUGCCAUAGACCUGGCAAAUGCCUCGCUCCUCUGGAUGUGUGACGGCAGCUGGAACAAUGCUGAUUAUUAUGCCGACAACUGCAGGAAUGUGGCGCUCUUUGCCCAGAAUUUGUUGACAUCCAUGGACGCAUUGCUGAUCGCCCUGGCUGUAGUUCAACUCUUUGUCAGCAUUAGAUAUGCCAUUCUGGGCAUCGGGGCUUUGUGCAGUAAGAUGAAAAAAGAAGAGGAUGACGCAGAUGUAGAAGUUCAGCAGCAGUUGAAGGAAGUCCUCCCGACCAGUCCUGGUGCUUAACAUCAUUUUAAAUUAAACACAUGGAUGCAUGGCGAUGAAUCAGCUGCACAUGAUUGUAAUACUAACUUUUAUAUACAGUACACUUGAAAGUAAUCAAAACUGAUUUGUAUCACAGGCACUGCCACAUUUUUGCCAAUCAGUGUGUGAGUUGUUUUU